UUCCUCAUUUAAAAACCUACUUAACUUAUGACAGUCUCGUUUCUGGGGAAGUCAACCCUCUCUACAGCUUCUUUUUAUAACCUUUAAGUUAAUUCAGAAUCCAGAUAAGCCUUGAUCCGAGGAUGAUAUAAUCAUGGCAAGCACCAUGGGGUCCUCUAGAGAAAUCAGGAAGAUUUCACAAAACAUGGUGUGAUGUCUACUGGUGAAGACAAGCCAUGAGGUCCAGGGAAGAGGGGGUGGCCUGAUCCAGGGACAAUGAAGAUGCAAUGUUGAAGAAUAAGCUGGAGGAGAGAAGCAACAGGCACCAUGGAAAAAACCAAAACAAAGCAAGGAGAGAAUGAACAUAUGCCAAUGAAUAAUCCUUCCACACAGAUCUACCAGGCUUCGAAGUACAAGUCUUCCCUGAACCUGCCUCCAGUGGGAGCCCGCCUCCAGCGGCAGGAUGGAGGGAUCAUAACCUCUCUAGAAAAUCUUCAUGAAAAAAUCAACGAGAUGAGGAACGUGUUCAGCUCGCUGGAGAACAAGUUGCAGGCCCUAGCGUCUGAACUUAAAACUGGCUUCACAGAAGCGAUGCAAGAACUGUCAAGAAUUCAACAUGGAGAAUAUGCUUUGGAAGAGAAGGUUAAGAGCUGCAAAUGUUCUAUGGAAGAAAAAGUUACUGAGAUGAAAAAUUCAUUAAACUAUUUCAAGGAAGAGCUGAGCAAUGCCAUGUCAAUGAUCCAGGCCAUCACUUCCAAACAAGAAGAAAUGCAACAGAAAAUUGAACAGCUUCAACAGGAGAAGCGAAGAGAAUCUCGAAAAGUGAAAGCCAAGAAAACUCAGAAGGAAGAACAUGGCUCACAGGCUGGGCCUGCUCAAGCACAAGGAAGUCCUUUCCGUUCAAUCAAUAUCCCUGAGCCUGUACUUCCAAGUGAAGACUUUACAAACCUUAUGCCCUCUCAGGCCUACGAAAAAGCCCAAGAGUCCAGAUCCAUGCAUGUAGGAGAUAGUAAUGUGAAGGGAAUGAUGGGCCCCGGAAUGAACCCCACGACUCCAGAAACAGAAGAAAACCUCAAGUCUUGCCUCACGGCUGAUAUCCAGUCUAAGGGCCAUCUGCCGUCUGGUGUGUGGAGGCAGCCUAAGGACGGUAAAGAAUGGGGUGAGGAAUAUGUCACCAAAGACCAUCCAGAUAAACUCAAGGAAGUUGGCCAGGGCAGACACAGCUCUUUGGAAAAUGUUUUAUGUGAAACCUCUUUAGCUGCUAAAAGACAGACUGUGGCUCUGGAACUGCUUGAAUCAGAAAGAAAAUAUGUCAUUAACAUCUCUCUGAUCCUGAAGAUCAAGGCAACGUUCCAGGGCUCAGAUGGAAAGAGGAAUUCCAAAGAGAGAAGCCUCUUCCCUAGCUCUUUACGGUACCUUGUCCAGCAGCAUUUGGAUUUGCUUCAUGCUCUGCAGGAAAGGGUCUUGAAGUGGCCACGUCAAGGAGUCCUUGGAGAUUUAUUCCUUAAAUUAACAAAUGAUGAGAAUAAUUUCUUGGAUUAUUAUGUUGCCUACCUGAGGGACCUGCCUGAAUGCAUCUCUUUGGUUCAUGUUGUGGUUCUGAAGGAGGGUGAUGAAGAGAUUAAAUCUGACAUCUAUACGCUGUUUUUUCACAUAGUCCAGCGCAUCCCUGAAUAUCUGAUACAUCUGCAGAAUGUCCUGAAGUUCACAGAGCAGGAACACCCUGACUAUUACCUACUUCUGGUGUGUGUUCAGCGCCUUCGAGUAUUUAUCUCACACUACACGUUGCUGUUUCAAUGCAAUGAGGAUUUGCUUAUUCAGAAACGGAAAAAGCUCAAGAAGUCAUCCAUGGCAAAGCUGUACAAAGGGCUGGCUUCCCAGUGUGCAAAUGCUGGGCAAGAUGCUUCUCCCACUUCAGGCUCUGAGGCUGUUCGUGACAGUGGUAUUCACUCAGAAGAGAUGCUGCAACCCUACCCUUCUGCUCCAAGUUCUGGCCCUACUGUCACACAUUUGAUGCCCCCAAUGAAGAAAAGCCAACAACAGCAAAGCUUGAUGGAGAGCAUGCAGCCCGGAAAGCCCAGUGAAUGGGAGAUGGAGGGCAGAAAGCACGAGAGGCCCGACAGCCUCCUGACACCGGCGCAGUUCUGUGCGGCCGAGCAAGACGUGAAAGCGCUCUCCGGGCCCCUGCAGGCCAUCCCGGAGAUGGACUUCGAGCCUUCGCCGGCCGAGCCACUGGGCAACGUGGAGCGCUCCCUGCGCGCGCCGGCCGAGCUCCUGACCGAAGCCCGCGGCUUCGUGCCCGCGGCCUACGAGGAGUUUGAAUAUGGCGGCGAGAUCUUCGCGCUGCCCGCGCCCUACGACGAGGAGCCCUUCCAGGCCCCGGCCCUCUUCGAGAACUGCUCGCCUGCCUCUUCCGAGUCCAGUCUGGACAUCUGCUUCCUGCGGCCCGUGAGCUUCGCCAUGGAGGCAGAGCGGCCCGAGCACCCGCUGCAGCCGCUGCCCAAGAGCGCCACGUCGCCGGCGAGCAGCAGCGGCGCUUACAAGCUGGAGGCGGCGGCGCAGGCGCACGGCAAGGCCAAACCGCUGAGCCGCUCGCUCAAGGAGUUCCCACGGGCGCCGCCCCCUGAGGGCGUGGCCCCGCGCCUCUACAGCACGCGCAGCAGCAGCGGCGGCCGCGCGCCGCUCAAGGCCGAGCGCUCGGCUCAGCCGCACGGCCCGGCUGCCGCUGUGCGAGGCGCGUCCAGGACCUACUUCCCCCAACAGAGGUCCCAAAGCGAAAAGCAGACCUAUUUGGAAGUAAGGAGGGAGAUGCAUUUAGAAGACACCACCAGAUUCUGUCCAAAGGAAGAAAGAGAAAGUGAACAAACAUCUUUCAGCGAUCAAAACCCCAGGCAAGACCAGAAAGGGGGCUUUCGCAGCUCCUUCCGCAAGCUCUUUAAAAAGAAAUCAAUCUGAGUAAUCACAGCUUCCUAACAUCUGAAACAAGAAAUUAAUGUGGCCUCGGGACCUAUAAUUUUAAAGACUUACCGUGUGGAAGAUCAGAUUUUAUCAUUCUAUAGCCCCGCACAGCCCUUGGUACAAUGCUGAGGACAUGCUGUGUGGACUCUCCCAAUUCAUGUUGGUUACUUGCUUCCAGUCCUCUUGCAGCUUUUUGGGAUUCUUCUUAGAGGGCCAAAUGGAUCCCCUUAGUCCUCUUCUCCUUUCUCAGAGCUCAGUCCCUCCUGUAUCAAUCAUGUUAUUUAAAAUGUGAAGUGUUAUGUGGAUGGCCACACAGAUGGCUGCUCCCUCUGCAGGCUUUUCUGGCCAUUUGCACCUGGUGUGGGACUGUGAGCACCAUCAGGUGAUGCUUGCUUAUCGCUUUGUGUCCAGGGUACCACGCGGGGCACUUUGGGGACUUGGCAUAGGAUCAUGAAGCAGCUUGAGUAACUUUUCCUGAGAAUUUUCCUCGAAAAACCAUGGAAAGUGUUCUCUUUUAUGCUAAGGUAGAGAGAAAGGGCAGGGAGGCCCCAGCAUAGCACACACAAGUCAGCGGCUCUUAACUCAGGUGAGAACACACUUUCUUCUCAUUAAUUAGGCAUUCUUUCUUACAUGCACAUACUUUGUGAGACAUAGUCCCAGCUGUUAUGUAGGGGCCAUUACAGAGGACUCUGAAGUCAGGCAUGUGGACAGGUACAGGGAGGAACCAGAAAGAUGUUCAGCUCAUUUUCCUUCCAUGUUGUUGGGAGCUCAGACUGGCAGCAAGCCCUGUGACUUUAAAAGUGGUUAAUCCUGGGUCCUGGGACCAUGCCCGAACCUGGCCUCAGAGGUCCAAAAUGGACCCUGUGUCACAUCUGGGGCUCACUGCCUGCCUACCCCACAGCCCUCUGGAGGCUCAUUACUGUCUACACUGACACACUUUUUGUAUCCAUAGGGGCUUGUUUGGCUGGCGGCCCCACACACCCAGAAUGCUGCUUCGGGAUGAAGCUAGGCAUGGAGCCAGAUGCAGCAGAAAACCUGAGAAAGGGUUCUCUUCCCUCUGAGGCUGGGAGGGCCGAAUGCUCAUACCCACAAGGAGUCAAAAGAGAGAGUCAAGUUGACAUCAUUAAAAAAAAAAGAAAAAAAAUCCUGAAAAAAUGCCUUAGAUAUUUGGGGAAAAGGAUGAUGUUCUGAUUGUUUCUAUCUCAGGCACAUUUGUCCUGGCUAGAUACCAGGUCAAGUGUCUCUGAAAGCUGCCCAGAAUUGAUCAGAAUAAAGACUACAUAUCUUAAAGUUUGAAAAUGUUAAGUGACUUUAACAUUUUUAAAUGAGGAUUCCUAGAAGCCAGAAACAGACGUAAUGGGAUGCUGGACUGAAUCCUUAUCCCCUUGCCUUUGAGCAGGACGGAAGGCAAAUUGCAUUCUAGAAGGAUCUAUAUGGAGGCUGUCAAAGACUUAAAAGUAGACUAUCCUAAAAUCCGAGGCAAAUGCUACUUCAUCUUUAUAUAUGAAUCUUACUCUUAGCUUAAUAAGUAUUCUUGGUUGGGAGUGUGACAUAGGGGAAGAGGAAUAUGUAAGACAGUUUAGGGGUGGGGAAUGUAAAUCCUCCCUUUUUAUCCUCAAAUUUGGGGGGAGUGGAAGAUAAGGCAUACGGCUUCUGAAUGAUGAAUUCUGCUUCCUCAUCCAUUCUCUUCCUCUUCAGCACUUUGUAAUUUACCUGCUGCAGGAGUGUCUCCUUCCCUCCACCAGUCACAUCAAAAUGGCUCUAUUUUCUUCAUCACACACAGAGAGAGCACUUCGACAGGGCCCUAUAUCAUUGAAUGUCAAUGAAUCCUCUUCUUUUGGUGUCUUAUCAGCUGUUUUCCCAUAUGCCCAGCCUUGGCUAUGGAACAGACCAUGUAAUUGAAAGUAGGCCUACUAAAGAAUCAAUUGAUGAUUUUAUCCUCACCUUCUUCUUUACGUUUGAAAGCCUAUCUCAAGUCCUUCCCCCAUUCUUAUUCACUUUGGGCUCCUCUCUCGUUUCCCAUUUCAUUUCCAAAUACAACUUUAAAAUUGAAGGAGAUGGUUGAAGGGAUAACAUUUUAGAUUACUCAGUCCUAAUUACAAAUAUUUCUCAAUAGGUCAUUUGAAAUCAAUCACUAAGCUAAGGGUCUUUGGUGUACUAGGUUCUGUCUAGCACAAAAGAAGUAAAUGAAAUAGUUCUAGCCCCUUAGGAGCUUAUAGUUCAAAUAUAAGGGUAACCUAGCUGCAAGGUAGAACAUAGUCAGCACCCAACAGAUAUAUAUAGCAAAUGAAUGCUCCCUGGUCACCCUGUAGUUUACUAGGGCCAACUGAUUUGGCCAACAGGAUGACUGUUCCCCUGUUCCCUUACUUCUCCAGGCACAUGUUUCCUAACGCAUUCAAGGUAGACAGUCUUUCCAAUCAGAAAACCAGCCCUUCUUAGGUCAGAUGGUUCUGUAGCACUGGAUUCCACUCCUCCUCCCUUCCCCAGCUCCGAACAAACUUUCAAGGCUUAUUUGUAGCAAAACUAUACUUGUGUGACCUACCCAAAUUGUUUUCUUUGUCUCUGUCAAUCAAUUGGAAGGAAAGUUAGUAACAGGUCUGUUCUCUUUCCAUCAAACACUUGGAUGACUGUGUGUCAGAAUGUACUGGCAGCACUCUACCCUUAACCAGCAAGUAUUUGCCUGCCUGUCCCUUUAGGGUCUGCUCAGAGCUGCCCCGCAGUUAGCCACAAUGGCCCCGGGAGCUCAAAAACCAUUUCUAUAGAGAAAGGGAGUAAAUAACAGCAAACAAUCUGGCCCUUUUUCCUAGAUUCUGCAGGUGAUUUCCUAGUAACUUAGGUAUACAUUACUUCAAAGCCUAACAGCCACACCUUUGGAAGAGUCCUAGUGUAGAAGUGGCCAUAUACUAUGUAAGCAUUAUAAGGAGGUCAGUUAAAAUGAUCUUUUAAAGGAUGAAAAGGAGCUUUUAGUCAUGGCUAUCAUGGAUGCUGGAUUUUGAAAAGGAUUAGCAAGUUAGCCAUUAAUUAAUAGUUCAUAUCAAACACAAAAAUUCAUACAUCUGGAGACAUAUAGAAGGUGGUUUAUGAGAAGAGCAGUUAAAAAAGAAAAAACUAAGCUAAGUUUGUGGAUUUUGAAAACUAGACAGGGCGAUUUUGGCAUUUGUUUCAGAAAUGGGAACGCAACUGGUGAAGAUUUCUGUGGUCCUUGGGGCUGGUGGUGACAUCAAAGCUUUCCCAUUUCCAGGUAAACACUAUAAACAGUUGCAUGUUGGAACCAUCAAAGUAUAACAUGUUGGGUUUUGGAGCGAUCAGAUGUAGCUAAGAGGGGAAAUGUGAGGUAAAGAUGUUAAGUUUUGCCUAAUGACUUUCUGAUGAGAAACUGCCAUGUGGGGGAACAAUUCAGAAGAAACACCAGUCAGAUUCAAAUCUUGCUUCCUACUUCCCACCCUCAAAACUAUAGGCAUUUCUAGUCUUCUGGAUAACAGACCAUAUGGGGAAAGAAUGAAAUGGUCAAAAAUAUGUCUUCCUAACAUUUUGGACACAACUGCACUAAUCAGGGAUGAUUUGAAUGGGAGGUAGAUGGGAGUUCUGAGAGUUGAGGGAAGGCCUGGAGUUUUAGGGUAGGAUGUGGAGGCUGUUUCAAGGGAGAGUUCCCGGGGGGCUUCUGCAAAAAAGGAAGAAGACUUUCACCCCACCCAGAUAUCAUCUUACCUGCUGAGUACCCAGAUGUACUGGGCUUGAGAGAGAGAUUUUCUUCUGUGCACUGGGAUGCAGUUAGAAAAGUGCUUCUUGUGGACCAGAGGUAGAAAGCAUGCUGGGCAGCUAUGGUUUCAUCUGUGAUACCAAAUAUCAGGGUGAAAAGUAAAGAAGUCUAGUCAGUCAUCAGAUUUCUAGACAUUAGGAUUUUAGUCGUUUCGUGGAUCCAGCUUCUUUCCUUGAAUAAUGUAAAGGGAUGUUUGAAUUCCGCCCAAUUAACUCAGUAAAUGAUAGAGUCAUAAUUAAGCUAUCUAAUAACAAUGAGGACCCAGAGCAUACCAAUGAUGGUGAGAGAACGUGUGCUUCUCCUGUGGAUAGUGGAAGGAUGCCCGACUCUGCCUUCGCAUAUGGAGAACUUGUUCAGUUGUAUAGGAGCUUUGGACAAAGAGAACAUGUCUAACACCACUUUCAUACAUCCUGCAUGAGGUCUUUUGAUACUCGUUCUUAGUCACUGGGUUAGUUUUACCUAUUCUAGCUCAGAGUUUAAGCUAGCCAAAGGGCCCUAGCCUAGUGUAUCAGAGGUUAUUUCCAGAAAGCCUCCUCCCUCCAGGGACUUCUGACAUGAACAAACUGGAGAAGGUGCAGAGCUGGAAUGGAUUACCCAACUGGCUUAACCAAGAUAAAGGAAGAAUGCACCCUGGACUGGGGACUCAAUUGGACUGAUCUGAGUUGUUGACUAUUGAUUGGGCUUGGUCUCCUUUGUGGUGGUUGAGAUUAUAGAAUCUCCUCAAUCUGAUUACUGUACUAAUUUCUGCAUUCUACCAAAUGUAGCAUAUAUGUGUGGUUGGCUUCAAUAAAUCUUUCAUUUAAAAAUGAAAACAAGCAAAAGCAAGAGUUUGUAAUGUAAUGCCCAAAUUCAGUAAAGGCCCUUGAUAACUUUGGUUGAGAACAAUGAAUUCCAUCCAUUUUAAUUUGAGGGCAUUGGUAAUUUGUGGAGUAGUUACUUGGUUGAAUCAAAAAUAGGUAUUUCUUGAAUUUUCUGAGCUUUCAUUCCCCUUUUGCAGUGUUAUUACACAAUAUCUUACACUGACAUACACAGUUGUUCCAAUUAUCCCCAUAAAGCAUUAGAAAGAUAUUCUUUUUAUGUUAGCUGCAAAUCUUAGUUACACAGGUCCUGAGCCAUGAAAAUCAGGAGAAGUAAAGUUUAGUCCAGAUCUAGGAGGUAACUGUUUUACAAAUGCAAAACAAUUUGGAUAGAUACAAUAUUUGAAAACAA